GAAUCAGAUUCGUGUAAAGGGGCAUCAAUGGGCAUUUAACCCUCAAAAGCGGCAUCAUCCACCUAGGCUAGUUCUGCCAUCACUCAGCUGCUGCUUUUACAAACUCAUGACGCGCUACGCGUGGAAAGUUUGUCGCUGGGGCAGGCCACUUUGACCGAGGGGGCUUCACUUUUCCCUCAGGCUUGUGUAAGGAGUCUCGUGGGCGGGUAUUCGAGAUACAACAGUGCUCAGACCGAGUCGCAGUGUUACUCCUUCCAGCAUGCGUGUACAAUAUCAAUGAUAUCUUGUUUUGUUUUUGCAGCACCGGACGCCUCGACCCAACCCUUACCCUCCCACCGCCGCCCGUAAUGUCCUCGGAAGAUGCUUCGUCACAAUCUGACGACGAGCUCUUUAACCCCGACUUCAAGCCCACCUAUGAGACAGUCGAUACUCUUUCCCUGCACCGACCCAAGAUAACUGACGAUGACUCCGACCUCGAGAGCAUGGCCACCCUGCCGGCUCACCGUCCUUCUCAAAAGCAAACUCAGCCCACGCAGUUAAUCCGUCGGUCCCCGGCCCCUAUGUCCUCUUCACCCUUGAAGGGCGGCGUGGUUCAAGUCGCUGCUUCGUCGCCGUCAACGGCGCCGAAUGCAGGCCGAAAGAGUUCUGGUUUACUGGCUAGUGCCAUGGCACCCGCUGGGACAGUCUUUAGACGACCCCAGCUUGUGUCCCAGGCUCGUUCCCAACCCAUCACGAUUGAUAGUGACGACGAGGGUCCGGUAUACGGAGGAAGCUCUUCAGACAGUGACAGACCAAGCCGAGGCAAUGACAUUAAAACAUCUACGUUUGUGCGGAAGGUCCAACCAGCGGCGGAGAAGGUACCAGAAUCGCCUGAAGGACACAACAAUAACGGGUCGAAAAACUUUGCCGAAGUCAUCGCGCAGUCGAUGUUUCGUGCCUCUCCAAGCUCAACAUCAUCUGUUGGAUCUAGUGGUAUCAAGCGUUCCGCAGAUGUAAACGCCAAUGCUUACGGCAACGCCUCGAAAAGACAACGCCAGACCGCGCCCGCUCGUGCGUUACCGAUUGUGUCGCCCAAGAAACAACCGGAAAUGGAGCUGGAUGAUAUCAGUGACUUCAAUAUGAGGCAAAAGGUCAAGCGUAUGAUGUCGAUGGUUAGUAUGCUAUCAGUACGUGAGUGCUAUGAGGUCUUGCUCUCCAAAAAGGGGCACUACGAUGAUGCUAUUAGCGAGCUCCUGCAGAUGAGCGAGACGCGACAUGAGGCUGGGAAGAAGAGUGCUAUUGAUCUGACCGGCUCCGAAGAUGAGCUGAUGCCUACGCCCGCAGCCCGAAAGUCCACAGCAAAGCCAGUAACACAGCAGCCUAAAGUACCCAAGAAAACCAUCAUGGAAAAAUGGGGCUCGACCCAGAAUGUCAAGAAAACAAAGGCUAUUGACGUUUUUGACACACCGCCGCCGCAAAAGAAGAGGACUCUUGUACGAGGACGGAGGCAUUCUUCUCCUCAAACAGGAGAAGGAGAGAUCGCGAAACCCAAGGCCAAGCCUGUCACAGUCGUCGACUCUGAUGAGUCUGAUGCAGCACAUUCUGCCGCGCGCUCAGACUACGAAGCUGAAACGACUUUCAAUUCUCGCUUACUCGAGCUUUUCAAUACCUGCACUGCCGCUGACUUGACUGAUACCGCAUCGAUAUCUCGGGAAAUGGCUGAACAUCUUGUCACGAAACGGCCUUUCAAGUCCCUCGACGAUGUUAGAAAGAUACAGGAUCCCAAGCUGAAGCCGACCAAAGGUCGCAGAAAGGUCAAUGCUAUUGGUGAGAGGAUCGUUGACAAGGUCGAAACGAUGCUUACGAGCUACGAAGCCGUGGAUUACCUGGUCAAGAAAUGUCAAAGUCUGGCUAAGCCUUUGGCGGAUGAGAUGGAAGCUUGGGGUGUCAAUAUAUACGGCUCGCAAAGUGGAGAAAUGGACAUGGUAUCUUUACGGGACACACUGCGCUCCAGCCACGAUUCCGGCAUUGGAACGCCCGUGAGUGACGACGAUCACGACGUCGUCAAGAAAAAGAACCCAAAGAAUUUUAUAACCCAGCCAUCGAUCAUGUCCAGCGACAUACAAAUGAAGGAUUAUCAGAUUGUUGGCAUCAACUGGCUGAAUCUGUUGUACCAGAAGGAAUUGAGUUGUAUCCUUGCCGACGACAUGGGCUUGGGAAAAACCUGCCAGGUUAUUGCCUUUGUUGCACAUCUCUUUGAGCAAGGUCGAACUGGGCCGCAUCUUAUUGUCGUACCUGCAGCCACUCUCGAGAAUUGGCUGAAAGAAUUCAAGCGCUUUUGUCCAGCAUUGAAUGUCCAACCAUAUUAUUCGACAAAUCCUUCCGAGCGUGUUGAAUUGAGGGAGUAUCUCGAGGAUUCCCGCGAUGAUGUCAAUGUUAUUGUCACCACAUACACUCUUGCCAAGGGUAAAGAAGACUUUCCCUGGUUGAAGACUUUUGGAUUCGAUUGUACCGUCUACGAUGAAGGUCAUAUGCUGAAGAACGCUGACUCGCAAGUUGCGAGCAAAUUGGUGAAGAUUCGGUCGAACUUCCGCUUGUUGCUCACUGGAACACCCCUUCAAAACAAUUUGAAAGAGUUGAUAAGCUUGCUAGGCUUCCUGAUGCCCAAUCUGUUCAAAGAAAAGGCUGAAGAGCUGACAAGCAUCUUCUCACACAGCGUCAAGGCUAUGGACGGCAACCACGAGGCCUUGUUGUCGGAACAGAGGAUUAAAAGGGCAAGGAGUAUGCUCACGCCAUUCAUCCUGCGGCGCAAAAAAUAUCAGGUCUUGAAAGAUCUCCCCAAGAAAGAGCGACGAGUCGAGCUUUGUGAUAUGACGCCAGAACAAUCCGAGAUCUAUCAGAUGUGGCUCGAAAAGGCAUACAGCAUCCGGGAACAGAAAGAGAAAGGAGAGAACGUCACAAACGAAUCGACCAAUAUCCUGAUGAAGUUGAGGCUGGCUGCCAUACAUCCACUUCUCUCCCGUCGUGUGUACCCGGACAAGAUUCUGCCAGUGAUCGCAAAGCAAUGCUUAAAGGCCGAUCAAUUUAGGGAGUCUAACCCCGAUCUCAUUGUCACCGAGCUCAAAGCUUACUCUGACAUGGAAAUACACACCCUAUGUGAUGAGCAUCGAGCUCUCGAGCGGUUUGUGCUGAACAACGGCGAAUGGAUGGCCAGUGGCAAGGUUCAGAAGAUGGUCGAACUACUUCGCAAAUUCAUGUCAGAAGGUCACAGAACACUAAUCUUCAGCCAAUUCGUCAUGGUUCUUGAUAUUCUGGAGCUGGUGCUGGAACGCGAAGCGAUCGACUAUUUCAGGCUGGACGGGACGACCAGAGUAUCUGAAAGACAGGAUUUGAUCGACGAAUUUUCUGCAGACGACAAUCACACACCGGUCUUCAUGCUCAGCACCAAGGCAGGUGGAGCCGGUAUCAAUCUUGCAAAAGCCAACAAAGUGAUUGUUUUUGACAGCGGCUUCAACCCACAGGAUGACAUCCAGGCCGAAAAUCGAGCACACAGAAUCGGACAGCUGAAAGAAGUUGAGGUCAUCAGAUUAGUGUCCCGCGGCACCGUGGAGGAGCAGAUACAUGCAAUGGGUCUGACGAAACUCAAACUUGAUGAACAGGUUGCUGGCGAUGGUUCGGAAGAGCAGCCACCGAAGAAAGAGGGUGAAGAGAGCGAAACGGAGACCGAGGGUCGCAAUAUCGUGGAGGCAAUGUUCUUCAACAAGCUGAAUCAUGAGUCUAUUGAGCAGGUUAAGGCUGAAGUCGUGAGCCCUGUCAAGAAGAAAGUGCCUGCACCUGCGGGAAUGUCUGAAAGUGACGGUGCCACUCUGGAAGGUCAUGACUCGGCAUGCGUCAAAAGUGAAGACGCUGAAAUUGUCGGUCUACCAAGUCGAACGAAGGAACGUGGUAUGACAGAGGAGUGACCAGCUCCGUGCUGAACAUCUACUGUGUGUGUUGGAUAUGCUUUGCGAUGUUGGAAAUGCCAUGCACAGGAGGUCGCUGAUGGUGAGUGUCCGUGUUGUGAAUACGGCACCACCUUGUUACAAAAACAUGGAUAAGAAUCAGUCGUCCCCUGAGGCAAUUUCA